ACAUUACAUGUGGAUGAGAGCUCGUGUUGAAAAAGCAACUUCUUUCUUCCAAGAGAGUUUCAAAUACCCUCAAUUUCAAGUUUGAUCUGAUGACUUACCCAUGAAAACAAACACGUAUCCACAAUUUUUUUUUGACAAAUAUUUAUAUGUAUAUUAAAAGGUGCACUCACCGCUUUUAAAUUCCAAUUCUACCUUUAUCUAGCAUAAUUUUUUUUACCAUCAUAUUGUAUCCAGAACUGAUUAAUUCGGAUUCCUGCUCCGUAUUAGAAAUAAUAGAGAGAUCCUAUCAUUUACCACUGGCUAGAAUACAAGUAUAUAGAUAGAUACUCAUCAUCUACGAUUUUAAUAGUAUUUGGUCCCUAUAAAUUCAUUUGUCAACUACAUCCACGGUGGUCCCAUUUUUGAUUUACUCAUUAAGGCAAAGUCUUAAUUUUUCUAGCUUCCCUAUAUUCCUCUUUUUAAUUUUCUCCUCUAAGUUAGCCAUAAAUUGAAGCAAAACAUUUUGUUAUCUUUUCUGUGCCUUGUAUAUUUCUCCUGCUAGUAAUUGGUGCAAGAAAGAAAGUGAUGGAGGGAAAGGUUAAGGCAGUGGCAAAGGAGUUAAACAAUAAUGGAAUUCAUUUUGAAACAAAAUUGCAGCAGGAAGAAGAAUCAGUAACACAAGAGAUCCAAGUAAAAUGCGAUGACAAAAUCAGUGAAGAAGAGAAGAAUAAGAUUUGCCUCAUGAGAGCUCUUGUCGAAAAGCAGGAUCCUUCUUCCAAGGAAGUAGAUGAUUUUGAGAUAAGAAGAUUUCUUCGAGCUAGGGAUCUGGACGUAGACAAAGCUACGGCAAUGUUGUUGAAAUGCCUUAAAUGGAAAAAAAACAUUGCACCAAAUGGGUCUAUUUCAGCGAGUGAGAUUCCAAACCAGAUAGCACACAACAAAAUGUUCAUGCAAGGAGUGGACAAACAAGGACGCCCUAUUGCUGUCAUUUUAGGUGCCAGACAUUUUCAUAAUAAACUAGGUGGUUUUGGCGAGUUCAAACGAUUUGUGGUCUUUGCUUUGGACAAACUAUGUUCAAGGACCUCACCAAGUAGGGAAAAGUUUGUGGUAAUUGCGGAUCUCCAGGGUUUUGGCUAUGCCAACAGCGAUGCUCGUGCGUACAUUGGGGCUCUAUCCAUUUUACAGGACUGCUACCCUGAAAGACUUGAAAAACUAAUUUUAGUUCAUGUUCCUUACCUAUUCUGGACAAUGUGGAAAAUUGUGUGUCCUUUUAUUGAUAACAAGACCAAAAAGAAGAUCACAUUUGUGGAAAACAAACGACUAAUGACAACUCUACUUGAAGACAUUGAUGAAAGUCAGCUACCUGAGUUUUAUGGAGGCGAAAUGCCAUUAGUUCCUAUACAUGAAGCCUAAGCAAGUAACUAAUUAGAGCUCCUCCACCUGAUCGAGCUGGUAAUGCUCUAAGAAAAUAAGACAAAGUUUGUACUAAUAUUAUACAUUUGUAUGCGUUAUGCAUUAAUAAACAUUUAGCUUUUACCUAAUUGCCACUUCAGCUUCCAUUUGA